CCUUGACUGUCAUCGCCAUGUCGAAAUUCGUUGCAGACGUUCCUGUGUUCUAUUCUAGAAAACGGCGUAUGUCCGCACCACCGCUCAACUUUCAUGAUCUCAGAGAAAUGGACGGAAAACAUUUUUGGACGAGGCAAAAAGAAACCGAAAAGCUAUUCCUGGAUCCCAAAGACAUGGCCGAAUAUUCAUCCUUUGUUCGUCUCUGGCCCACUAUUUUAUUCAGCGACGAUAAAGCCUUAAAAAUGUACUCGUAUCUGGUGGAUGUGACGCAAAUUGUGGCCACCAUGGACCUUGCGAGGACGAAAGUCCCUGUUCCUCGCGUUUACAAGUACGGCUAUUCCGGAAACUGUGGUUAUAUCCUGAUGGAGCGAAUUCGGGGAUAUGCACUUGACAACUUUCUUCGUCACUACAAAUGCCCUAUUCCUCAUAAAAUCACAGUCGAGAUAAAAAGGAUUGUCGAAGAUCUGGCGAGUCUAGGUCUCUGCCAUAACGACGUCAAACCACGGAACAUUGUUGUCAGCUCGAGCUGGGAUGUACUGACUAUUGUAGAUUGGGAUCACUGUAUGCCACUUAUACAUGCAGGAGAGUAUACCAGAAGGGUCAUGUGGGGAGAAAAGCACGAUCCCUUUUGCAUCACGGAUACCUGGGACGCUUUUUUUCUCUCGGUGGCCGCCGACAGGGUUGGAGAGGAGUUGCUCAUGGGGCAACACUAUCGUUUCUACAUGUUCACGGUGCCUCUCCGAACGACCGGGACGGUCUACCAACCAUUUGGUCCGCAAUCAGCGCUAUCUUUGGAGUUCAUAGAACGUCGUAGACGAUCCAAGGCUUCCGAGCUCGCAGGCGAGUCGGAAACGCUAAAAAAGGCGCAAUCAGUCGAAACUUCAUCUUAG